AAUAAAUUCAUUGGCUCUCUUAACACCUGAAAUAAAUUUGGCACUGUUACAACUCUAAUCAUUCGCAAUUAGUCUUUCCUUCAAUCAGUUCAUUACAGAAUGACUCCAAAACUAUCAAACCUUCGUCAUUUCAUAAAACCACAGAAUGGUUUUAAAAGAUUUUAUUCAAAUGGCCUCCCGGAGAACCUUCGUCGCAACUACGAAAAAUUUCAGCGCGACGACGGCGUCCCCAUUUACAUCAAAGGUGGUGCAAGCGACCGAGUCCUUUUAGGCCUCACUUCUGUCAUCCUCGCCAUAGGACUUGUGGAAUCCGUCCGCACUCUUUUCAAACUCGACCGCAAAAAAUAAUUAUGUAAAAAGUCGCAAAUACAAUACUAUAAGUACGGUAA